GCGUAUAUCGUACAGUCCGUAUGGCCUCGGUGCAAUGCACUCACGCUUGCAUGCCCGCCCGCCCAUCCGUCCAUCAGGUGACGAACCUCAUGAGUUCGCUGAUCUGCAGCCUGAGAAGGCUGCUGGCGGGAAAGUAGGACGCGAGGGUGGCGGAGAGCGCCGCCGUGGCCACGACGGCGAUGGCCACCCAGUAGGGGAACACGAAUGUGAGUGGCAGCUGGGUGAAUAAGGCUCGCUGUGCCGUCAUGGUCCAGCCGACAGCCAUCCCGAUGGACAGACCCAGCACCGACGCUGACGUUAUCAACACGAACGCCUGUGUGUGCACACACAUUGGUGGAUGGAUGCGCUUGUAGCACACGGACAUGUGUGUGUGUGUGUGUGUGUGUGUGUGUGUGCGAUAGACACCUCGUAGAUGAAGAGGAUGGUGACUCGUGCCUUGGUGACCCCGAUGGAUCGGAGGAUGGCCAUCUCCUUGGUCUGCUCGAAAAUGUUCGCGGCCAUGGACGACACCAGGCUGAAGAAACACAGCACCAUCACCACCACAGCCGCCGCGGCAAAGACCACAUCCAUGAUGCCACGAGACUGAACCAACCAAGCCACACAUGAACACCAACAAGAAUGAGAAAGAGAUGUGAUGUCGUUCUUUCCCUCCGCCCGUCGCACCUCAUUGACGCUGUUUUCGAUGUCGCGGUAGUCGGACACGGUGCUGUAGUCCGACAGGUCGCUGACGAUGGCGUCAAGCGUCCGCCCAUCCACAUCCACCCGCCCCCUCUUGUCGCGCCGCAGAUCCACCAGCACCCUCUCGAUGCCCAGCUGCCGUACCGACCGUGGCCCGCCCGCCUGCUCAGCCAGCCGCAGAAAGGUCGGGUACGACACCAGCAGAUUCUGGAAGUCCAGCUGGUCAGGGAACUUGGAGAAAUAGAAGGCCGGAGCCGACUCGACAAAGGCAGCGGGCUGGAUCCUCGCAAGGAGGUUGUGGCCCUUCUUCUUGCCCGGCUGGAGCAGGUUGCCAGGCACGGUGAGGCCCCCGACUGCCGACGUGGAGACGGACUUAUCGACGGUGUCGCCGCUGAUGGUGACGAGGAAGGACUGCUUGUUUGGCAGGUGGGGGUCCUGCAGCUGGAAUUUGUCUUUGAAGAUCGCACCCAUCAGGCCGCUCGACGAACCGCGCACCGUGUAGAGGUACUCGGUCAGGGAGAGGCCCGACGGCCGGCCGCCGUCGAUCCGCUCAGACACUCGCAGGAACUGCGAGCCGGUGGUGUCGAAUACGUUGGGUGAGACGGCCGUGAUGGUGCUGUACUGGACGUGCAGAUGGCCGAUGUUCUCGAUGGUGACGAGAUCAAAGGCCACCUUCUCGCCCUGCAGCUGCUUGGUGCCCAGCGACUGGUCCAGGGAGGUGGACACACUCGCGUAUGAGUGGAUGGGCGGCCUGCUGCCCCGCAUAAACUGCUGGAGAAUGCCCUCUAGCUUCCUGUAGUUGCUCUCGACGUCCACCGCCAGCUCGGUGCCCUUCUGCUUGAGCGCGUCCAUCUUGCUGGUCUCCAGCUCCAUGGUGUACGACACCAUCAAAAAGAUGAUGAAGGCAAGGGCCACGGCGUACAUGAUGGUCGUCUUGCGGUUGCGCAGCCGAUGGGCCACGAGGUUGUUGAGGACCAUGCGCUUGACGGCGGUGGUCUCCCACCAGAGGAAGAUGAACACCACUGCCCGCUCGACGAGCUGCUCGAGGUUAAGGCUGAGCACCACGAAGCCGAAUAGCAUGCCCAUGAGGACGGCGAAGAAGAUGUUCGUGAACAGGGCGAUGUUGAACGAGAUCAGUGCGAGCGGCACCUGCCGGACACACGCACAGAGAGGGCAUUGCAGGGUCACUUGCUCGCUUCAUGUCUGGUCUGGUGUGAUCGUCGUGCGUUGUGUGGUCUUGUCUUGUGCUGACACACCAGGUAGUAGAUGCAGAAGCCAAACACCGCCAGCAGCAGGCCCACCAACACCCCCGUCCAAUUGACGCGUGUGGCGGUCCGCUCCAGCUGCACGGCCACCACUUUGGUCUUAGAUCGGUGGACGUCCAAUGCCUCGUGGAUGUUGAGCUGGAGAGCCGCCUUGAUGGGCAGGAAGGACGCCACGACUGGGAUGAGGAUGCCUAGCGUGCACGAGUACACAAUCGACCGCCACGAGAGGGCAGAGCUCACGGGUAUCCUCGUCAGCCGAUAGAACAUCCGUGCCACCAGCGCGUUGCCGCCCACCGCCGCCAGGAGCCCAAAGACAAGGGCCGGGAGGACGUACGAGAGCGCCUGGAUGAGGAUGAGCUCCACCAGCCCUCUCCUGUUGAGUCCGAUCAUGCGGAGAAUUCCCAGCUGGAAGGUCUUGGUCUCCACCGAGAUGAGCAGCAGGGAGUAGACCAGCACGAUCGACAGCACGAACAGGAUGAACACAAUCAGGUUGAGCACCAGGCCCACAAAGAGCCCCCCGAACCGAUACGCCGCCAGCGCCUUGAGCGUCUGCGGCACACAGAUGACGGCGUCCCACGACAGGAGUGUCCUCACGUCCGCGGCGUAUUCGGUCACGUCCACUUGCACAGAGUCGAAAUUGGACCUCAGGUAGUUGCUGAUGCGAUUCUCAGCAUAAUUAACCACCACCGAUGUGGCGAACUCGGCCACAGACCGACCGGCGACCUGUUGUGGGAUUGCCGUCGAGUUGUCCAGCCAUGGGUCGAGGCUCUGCGCCAGGAGGGUGUGGAAGGUCUCCAGCUCCAUGAACACCACCUUGUUGGCCUCGCUCUCAGGCACCUUCCCCGCCGCCCCGCGAGGGAAGCGGCUCGCAAAGACCACCGGCAUGCGCACCUGCGAGUACUCGGCAGCCAUGUCGAGCGUGCGAUUCGACACAGAGGGCAUCUGGGCGGCAUACGACACCAGCAGAUCGGCCGCAUAAAAGGCGAUGAUGAACUCUUGGCCGGAUGUCAGCCGCAGCUUGCCUGCCAUGGCUGGUGCGAGGACGGCCGUGGCGGGGUCGAGCUUGUCGAAGGGCCAGUCGCGGCCGAGGCCCAUCUUCCUCUCCUGGUUCGUGUCGAUGAGCACCAGCUGCACGCCCAGCUCGUAGGCCCCGCACACCCGUCCCAGCACCGCCGUAUGGAUCGACGACCGGUUCACGCGGCACAUGCUGUAGGCAUUGACGCCCUCCAAGCGCACUCGGGGAGAGGAGGCCGCGAACCGCUUGGCAGGGUCCUGCAUGAGGAUGCUCCGAGCUACCGUAUAGUUGAUGAAGGGCGGCGAGCGGUCAACUGCGCGGAAGUAGACGGGUAGACUGGGUGAGCCGCGGCCGUAGACCUCGACGUCAAUCUGGCCGCCCUCUCCCUCGGCACGUCGCAAGAAGAUGGCUGGGGCCACCUCCGUGACGGUGGACACGAUGGCCGACGCCGCGACCACGAGCAGACACGAGAGGAAUCCCAGCAGGAAGGCGCACUUUCGCCGCCGGAUCUCCGACAAGGCGCUGCGGACGAAGAACCUGAAACGGACCGACAGUCAGACAGACAGGCGGAAGUGACAGAUGAGUGCCUGGCUGUGACUCCAUUUGUUAUGUUGGUUGCUUACGUGAAUCUCUUCCACCCUCUGACUCCUGUGGGUCUGCUGCUGGCCUCACCCGCGUCACCCUCAUCGCCAUCGCCGGCAUCAGGCCGCGACCUGGGACAGCACGGUGGCAUUCAACUGGCACACAGACCAGACGUCAGGCAAGGGUCUUUUGUCGAAGUGGAUGAGUGGAUGGAUCCACUACUUGCGGGUGAAUGGCGAAUCGCAUGAAUGGUAAAGCCCGACAGAUGCACC